AUGGCAGGACCAUGGACUCUUGAACCAGGAAAAAAUUACGGUGGUAUCCCAACUUGGGCAUGGCCAAGAUCAACAACAGUACAUGUACAAGUUGUAGGAGGUGGAAAUGGAAGAGUUCGUUUUCAAGCUGGUGCAUCACCAGAUGAAGAUAAUGAUGUUAAUGGAGAAACUUCCUUUAGUAGAAGUUUUGGUGGUUUCAGAUUGAAUGUUACCAACAUUGGUAGUACAACAUUAAAAGUUUGGACUGCAUAA